CGGGGUGGUUAACUUUUCAGCUCAGUUCUUUCUUUCAGAAUAUUUCCUAUCGUUCGGUUGUGCGGUCGCGAUUGGAUUUGCGUCUAAUUUACUAGACCUUAAAACAUCAUACAAUUGAAAGUUUGCUUCAUUUCUAGUGAAUUUGUAUGGUUCGUUAGUGAUAGCUAGUAGAAAUGGCUGUAUAUUUGUUACCUAAAACUCGACUAUUGUCGAAAGCAGCAAUAACUUUCAAACCAAACCCCAACAAAUGGUCGGCGAAAUGGACGGUAGUCAGACGGUCAAUCUCCAGCGGCAAGCAUCAAGAUCACCAACAGCAGCAGCAGCAGGGUCGCCAAUCAAAAGGUAAAUUUAAUAAAAGUCACAGAAAAUGGAGUUGGAAGGCAGGGGCGGGUUGGACUAUAUUAUCCGUUUUGGAUUGGUGGUUACUAGCUGCCGGCGGUUGGUUAACAUGGCGGGGCGUCUUUCUUCGGUGGACCCCGAUAGGUAUCUGCAUGAUCGCCGCAGCACAAUGGCACCUUCACAACCGUGAGCUCGAUCGGAAGGGCCUCCCUCGAACGGCAGCCUCGUGGCAGAUGAAUAUGUAUUGUUCGCUGCCGUUGAGAAUGAUGAGCAGAGCCUGGGGUUGGUUAGCAGAUUGUCGCGUACCGACGCCCGCCAGACCCCUCGUCUAUGGGCUGUACUCCACUGCGUUCGGCGUGAACAUCGAGGAGGCAGCAUCAUCCGAUUUCAAAAACUAUCGUAGCUUAGCUGAAUUCUUCACAAGAUCUCUCAAGGAAGAAGUGCGCUAUAUCGACACAAAAAGUUGCAUCGUAUCACCGUGCGAUGGACGUGUCUUACACUUCGGUACCGCCAGUAAUUGCCAGAUCGAACAGGUCAAAGGCGUCUCGUACAGUUUGGAGGAGUUCCUCGGUCCUCCCACCUGGACCGAUAAAAGCGACUGUCCGACGAUCGUCGAGAAGAUUAAAAAGAAGUCAGCCGACAAUGCACUGUAUCAGUGCAUUAUCUAUCUAGCACCGGGCGACUAUCAUCGUUUCCAUUCGCCAACGGUGUGGAAGCCAGAAAUCAGGCGACACUUCUCGGGCGAGCUGCUAUCAGUGAGUCCAAAAGUAGCCAAAUGGAUGCCGGGAUUGUUUUGUCUGAACGAACGGGCCCUCUACGUCGGCAAAUGGAAGCACGGAUUCUUUAGCUUUACCGCCGUGGGCGCAACCAACGUUGGAUCGGUGCAAAUCUACAUGGAUGAAAAGCUGAAGACGAACCAAUGGGUUGGUUUGGAAGUGGGGACGCAUCGGUGUAAGGAAUACGACGAGCUAACUCUCCCGAGCGAUUCAUUCCUUAACAAAGGUGAACUGCUAGGGCAGUUCAAUAUGGGUAGCACUAUUGUGCUAAUUUUCGAGGCACCGAAAGAUUUCAAGUUCAAUCUCCAGCCUGGACAGGCUGUGCGGAUGGGUCAACGCCUUGGAUGUGUUGGUGACAAAGAAGAGACGGUUGAAGAUUUGAAAAAGGCGAAAAAGUACAUUGAAUCUAUGUGAUCGGUGCUCUCCCUCAAGAGCAAACUUUAGAUGGAAAAUAAUUUUUGUUCGAUUUUUUUUUCGUAGAAUUUACCAAGCUUUGAACAACCGUACCUACCUAUCAAUCGUAUUUAACGUUACUACUAUUACCUAAGUGAUGGACACUCAUUACUCUAAGCGUACUAAGACACGGACAACCAGUCAUUAAGAACUUUAUUUGCUCAGUUUUACGUUGCAUCGGGAUCGUACCGUAAUUUACCUUCAAUCGUGCGUAACACUCACAGCCACAAAGUGAUUAUUCCCGACUAGGAUACCAAAAUGAAAUUGUAUCAACAUUUAAACAACAUCAAAUGAUAACUACUGUUAAUAUAAUUCAGUUAUUUUGAUUUUAAAAAUAACAUUCUUGUUUAAAUAUAAGCUUUUUUGUAUUGCUUAUUUCCGUUACUAACAAAGUUCUUGACAGAUACUGUUUUAAAAACCAUAGGAGCAGACAAUAAAAUCAGCUAUGAAGCGAUUAAGUCUUCCUGGUCGGGUUGCAUUCGUAGUACAUAUUGUACAUGUAUUAUCUUCGAAAUAACCACCGUAGGAUAACAUCAGAUUUUGAUCAUCAUAUUUUUGUGGAUAUGUGAGUGCCAUCUUUUUCCUGAGUUGUUUGCAGUGAUUUCAUAUUCAGUUCAAUUACCUACUAAAACAACAAAGUAGUGCAUAGAAUAGACUAAGUAGGAACGCGUAUAAUGAAUAUCUAAUAAAUUUUGGAUGCUAUUGUUGUUUGUAAAUAAAAGGAUUUAUUGAGAAUCAUUACAAUUUUA